AUGAAACCGGGACGUUUCCUCAAGAUCGAAGGACGUGUGAAAUUAUUGCCAAUAUCCUUUUAUAUUAACUUACAAAGCAAUGUUUAUCAUUGGCCACCGCCAGUGGUGGCAUUUCAUCUGGGCCCACGAUUUUCGAAUAAAUCAGAAAACAUAUCAAGGGCUACAAUUGUUCGAUGCGCAUGGUACGAUGGCGCCUGGUCGCCUGAGGAACGUUCAUGUAUUGAUACAGAGUUUCUGCCGGGGAAAGCUUUCCGUUUGGCUAUAGCUUGCGAGGAAGAUGCGUACGAGGUGUACUUGAAUGGCAAAUAUUUACUGGAUUUUAAGUACCACAUGAGACCUGAAGUGGUGGACACAGUCUACAUACAGGGCGAAGUUAAGCUACGUUGG